UCGUGGAACAUCAUCAACUUUAGCAGAUUUUUCAUUUCAAAAACUUGAUCUUGGAGAAAUCCCACCUAGAAUUGGAGGUGUUAAAGUUUAUACAGACAAUGUUCGUGAUCAAAUUAUGAUGGAUAUUGAAGUUGUUUAUGCUGGUGAUGCAAUUAUUAAAGCAAAGUUGAAAGGCAUUGUGUGUGGAAUUAAAGAUAUACAGUUUGUUGGUGAUAUUCGAAUUAUUUUAAGUCCUUUAAUUAAUACAAUUCCAUUAGUGGGUGCAGCAACGUUUUUUUUCUUGAAAAAACCUAGUUUUGAUUUUAAAUUAACCGAUGCCGGAACAUUAGUUGAUAUACGUGGUCUUCAUGACUUAUUACUUGUUCAAAUCAAUGAUAUUAUAGCAUCAAUGAUGGUUUUACCUAAUAGACAAGUUCUUCCAUUUGUUAAAGACAUACCAAUUGGAUACUUAAGAUGGUCUAAUCCUCAAGGUGUUGUGCGAGCAUUUAUUUUAAGAGCACAAGAUUUAAUUAAUGCAGAUAUUGUAGGAAAAAGCGACCCAUUUGUUAAAGUUAAAGUACCAGGUAGUAUUGAAUAUAGAACAAAAACAAUUGAUAAUACACUGAAUCCCGAAUGGAAUGAAAUAUUUGAAUUUGUUGUUGAACAAUAUGAAAGUGAUUCUAUUGAAUUUGAAGUAUAUGAUGAAGAUCAUGUUAAAGAUGAUUUUAUCGGACGAGCUCAACUUCGUCUUAAUACAUUGGUUGACAAUGAUGAUAUUAAUACUUGGUUAACAUUACAGGAUGUAAAACAAGGUUCAUUAAAUGUUAGUUUACAAUAUUUUUCAUUAACAAAACAAAAAUCUGCUCUUGAAAUUAUUGAAAGAAAAAAUAAUGUAAUGAUAAAACGAGAAAAAUUAUCAAAAGCUUUACUUGUUUGUUAUAUUGAUCGAUGUCUUAAUCUUCCUCGAUCAAAAAAAAAACAUCAAGAACCAAAUCCAUUUUGUCGAGUUAAAGUUGAAGGUACUGAAACUAAAACUCAAACAUUUGAAAGUCAAACAAAUCCACAAUUUGAACAUAUAUCACAAAUUUUAUGUGCAAAUCCACUUCAUGAAAAAUUAAAAAUUGAUGUAUGUAAUGCACAAAGUAAAAAUGAAGUAAUUGCAUAUUUUGAAAUGCCAAUUAAACAAAUCUAUGAU